AUGUUUAAUUGCCGCGUUGGCGUCUGCGCGAGGUUUGCGGCUUCGCAGACAAGAUGGGAGCUGACGCGGCUGACUAAGGACCGCAACGCGAAUUUCCAAGUAGCACUUCCCGAAGAAAAGAAUAGAUUGUCGAGGUAUGCGUUACCAAGCGAUCCGGAUGCGCUUUUGGUUGAUGGAAGGAGACUAACACGAGGGGAACGUAUAUAUCAGGGCAUUUCUAUAGGAUUACCCGUUAUCGCAUUCGUUACCGCUCUGGCUGUACCCGUUGGGAUUGUAACGCUAUUCGCGCUUAAUGGGCGAAGGAGGAGCGAACAGGUCAUCAGAGUUCAGAAAACACAAGAUAUCCUGGAUAUUCCAUCGCCGAUAAAACUGAUAGGGGCGAAGGAGCUUGCCAAAUUGGUACACGUCAACAAGCCCACUAUUGUAGUCUAUUACCGACCGGUGAGCAACGAUGAGGAGUCAAACAGAUUGAACCUGCUUUUCGCGCUGCUCGCAGAGAUCGCAGCAGUUGAAGGGUCGUCGUUGAACGUGUAUAGAGUGAACAUCCAAAACGAGUUCCAGCACUUCAACCAGUACCUCAAGGAAGAAAUAAAGCAAUCCACCACCGCGUUGAUCCAUGUCGUGAUACCACAGGAGAAGGAAUCUGUGGUUACUGCGGUGAUCCCGCCGGUAUCAGCGACGUCAUUUGUUGCCCAUCUCACACAACUGCUGGGCAAUAUGGGCGUCAAAUUCUCAAAGGAUGAGACCGCCACUAGCAUGUUAGAUGACAAACUCGUCAGCAUAAAGCGUUGCAUGUUCGAUUUGAAGAUGGAAGGUAAAGUGCGAUUUGUCGGUGGCCACAACUUCUUGCAAUUGGACCGAGAGUGCAACAAGCUGUUGCACUCCUCUAACAAACUUCAGCCAAAAUAA